UGAAGACGGAAGUAAUAGAUCCUGCAGACGUUGUGGUGAGCUGGAGACGGUGCUCGGCUCUGUGACUGAGGGGAUCGGCGGGAAAGAUGAUUUCAGAAGGAGGUUCGUUUAUGCGAGGAAUUUUCAUAGGAAGUGCAUUCUGCAUAGUGAUUACUCUUUUAGGACAAAUUAAAUGGAGUCACGAGCCCACUACACCCCAUGAGCAUCAUCACAUUCAAGCCCCUAAUAAAGAAGAAGUUCUCAAACUGAUGGGGACAGAGAAGAUGGAAUUAAGUCGGAGCAUACGAGUGUACUGUAUUCUCCUUGUCAAACCAAAAGACUUGAGCCUCUGGGCUGCUGUGAGGACCACCUGGAGCAAGCACUGUGAUAUGGUUGACUUCUACAGCUCUGAGCACAUGAAGGUGUUUGACUCUAUCGUUCUUAACAGUGAUGAUAUGUGGGUUAUGAUGAGAAAAGCUAUCAAAAUGGCAUAUGAGAAACAUAAAGAUGAGUAUAACUGGUUUUUCAUCAGUCAGCCCUCCACCUUUGCCAUUAUUGAAAACCUGAAAUAUUUCCUUCUGAAGAAAGACCCAUCAGAACCUUUCUAUAUCGGCCAUACUGUGAAAGAUGGAGAUUUGGAUUAUGUAGAUAUUGCAGGUGGCAUUGUGCUAAGCCUUGAGUGCGUAAACCGGUUUAUUGACCUGAUGAAUAAACCAGACAAGUGUCCAGAAACAGGUGGCAUCAUAUGGAAGGUCUCUGAAGACAAGCAGUUGGCAAUGUGUCUUAAGCACAAGGGUGUGCUGGCAGAAAAUGCAGAAGAUUCUGAAGGUAAAAAUGUCUUCAACACAAAAUCAGUGGGUACCCUCAUUAAAGAAUCAAUGGCAAGCGACUCACAAAAAGUAGUUGAGGGUUGCUGUUCAGACAUGGCAAUCACGUUCAGUGGACUAUCUCCUAACAACAUGCAAGUCAUGAUGUAUGGUGUUUACAGGUUAAGAGCAUAUGGACACAGCUUUAAUGAUGCAUUAAUGUUUUUGCCACCACUAAACUCUGAUAAUGAUUGAACAGACCAAGCUUUA